CCUGAGUUUUGAAUGAAUGCUAUCGCGAUACAAUCGAUGUUUGCGAAGAGCGGGAAAUUUUUUUGAUUAAAAAUUUGAUUCUUCAUUUUGAUUUUCAAACAGUUGAUAAUUUUGAACUUGAUGAGUAAAAUUUUUUUGCAAAAGUUUUUUGAUAUAUAAUGAGAGUGUCAAAUAAUUAUUUUGUUGUACUUUUUUUUCUUCGUUUUGUUUUUGUCAAUUAUUUUGGUUUCAUUAUGAAGCUUCGUGAAAUUUUAUGGAUAUUUGGAUCCAUUUGUUUAAUGUUAUUUCAUUUAGUUUGUUCUCAAAGUUAUUUUACCGAGAAACAAAAGAAAAUAAUCAUUCAACAACACAAACAACGUCUUGCAAAUGAAGCAAUGAAAAUGUUCGAGAACCAAUUUCUAAUGGAUUCGACCUAUUCGAAUACACAUCAAGCUACAGAAAUGUUCAACCAGAUGCUCAACUACAAAGGCUUGUAUGAAAAUUUGGAUAUUCGCAAUAUAUCUGUAAAACAAAUUGUCGAUAAAUUUGUCAACCAAAAUCAACCAAUGAUUGGAUUAGAUUAUAAACGUCAUCAUAAUCAUCAUUAUUUAGUAUAUUUUUUCAAUCAUAGUUUUGUUGUUCGCACAUUUCAUCUGGAUCGUUCACAAAAUCUAGUUUAUGAUCAAGACUCUUCAAAUCUUUCGAUGCAUAGCCCGUUCAAAGUUCCAGGAACAUUGAUACAGAUGAAAUUCUAUCGCCAAUAUGAUACUGAUCAAUUAUUUUUAGCUGCUUUAAUUUUCAAUGGUCUAUAUGAGAUUCGUUUAUAUGAAGUUCAAGAUAGUGCCAGAAUAAUCGACAAAGAAUUGUUUCAUUCGUUUAAAAUUCAUGAACGCGUUGUUGCGAUUGAUGUUCUUCAUUAUGAUCAGAACAAAUAUCGACUCGUUUCUUUGAUUGAUUCCGGAUGGAAACAAUUGGAGGAAUUCCAGUUAGAAAUUAACACCAAUGAUGAUAAUCGUGAACAAAAUCAGAUGAUUUGUUUGACAGCUCAACACGCAUUACGUAUUCGUACUUUACGGAUUCAAUCACAAGGAUUCAUCGUUGUUGCAAAUACCACACAUUGGGCUGUAUACCGUUAUCAUAAUGGAAUAGCCGAACUGGUCAAUUUUUUUCAAAUGAAAUAUUUUAUUCGCGAUAUGCAACUAUUUUCAAAUGGACAUCGAUACUAUGUUGGAGUAGCCACUCAUAAUGAACAAUAUAUCUAUCAAUGGAAAGAUAGUAAACAAGGUUUCCAAGGUGUAGCGCGAAUGCGUUUACCCCUUGUGUAUAAAAUGAAUUCAAUAACAUUAAGUUAUUCUCGUGAAGAUAAUUUCUUCUAUUUUGAUCAGCUAAAUGAAGACACUGUACAAAUUUAUGGCUAUGACAUAACCAAUUCGGCAUUUCUAUUGCUACAGACAAUCUCUAAAUCACAGCAUUUAAACAUGUCGACUGCGGUUGUCUUUAACCCAUUGUAUUCUGUCAGUUUCUAUGAUCUUAAUUUUGCCUUCGAAUUAAAACUUACAACAAAAUCUGAAUUAUAUUUCUUUACUUAUGAAACAUUCAUUUCACAUUCUGGCACAAAAAAUACUCGAAAAACGUCACAAUCAAACCUGUACAAUCUUCAACGUUAUAACAAACAAUUAUACGAACGAAAAAUCGAACAAAUGACCAAAAAGGUUUUUCAAUUGGAUCAGCAGCAAACUAUAUCUAAAAUGGCCGUUAAUCUCACAUUAUUUUUCAACGUAACAUUUCGAGCUAAUGUUCGUGUCAAGCGUUAUCGAAUCGAUGAUACGAGCAUAGUGAAUAAAAUUUAUAUAAAUCACCGAGAUUACGCAAUGAAUGAACUUGGUAUUUCUUUGAAUAUUGUUAAAAAACAAUUGCAGCAAAUCGUCCAUCGAAUGGAUCGCUUGAAAAAAAGACUUGUGGAUGAUGUUGUUUACAGAAAUCAAAAUGUCAAUGUUUUUGGUAAGAAACAAUUUGUCAAAGGCUUUUCUGCAAGAAAAAUUUAUGCGAAACAAACGUUUGUAACAACAUAUCAUGGACGAUCAGUAGAUGCAAUUAUGUCCAACAUUUACCGUAUUGGUAAACAUGAUGGUCGAAUAAGUGGGCGUAAAUUUUUUACAUCCACUUUAUUCGUCGAUAAAUCCGUUUCGAUAAACAACAUAAAUGAUGUUGAUUUUAGUGAAUUCCUGUACACUGAUCUGGAUCAAGACAUUUAUUCAAAUUUUUGGUACCCGAACGAAAUUCACAUUGAAAACUUGUUCGUUUCAAAUUUUAUCGCUUUCAACAUUUCAUUAUCAGAAGCUAUUUACAUAAAUCAGAAUAAUGAUCAGCCAAUUACAAUCCAAAAUAAACUGGUAUUUAAUUCGAUCAAUGUUGAUAACCUUUACGUUGACACCAUCGAUAAUAUUCCGAUGACGGAUUUUCCGAAACAAGUUCUAACAAGACAUAAUUCAGAAAAUUUCCAACAGGUGAAAAUUCCAACAAAAAUAGACAAACUUCAAGUUAGAAGUGAUGUUUUUGUCAAUUUUAUCAAUGAACGGAAUGCAACAGAUCUGUUUGGCAAAGUUAUACUACGAAAUCAAAACAUUCGAUUUGUAUCGCCUGUUCAUAUUCUUGCAGAUGUGAAUAUGAAUUUCAUCAAUGUUCAACAAAGAAUCAAUGAUGUUCGUAUUCCGGAGGAUUUGGUUGAUCGCCAUUCACAACAGAUCAUUUACGGUGUCAAAAAAUUCUCUUACAUUCAUGUGGACAAUAUAAAUGCAACUUAUUUGAAUCAUUUGCAAAUUCCGAUUGAUAUUGUCACGUUAAGUGGUGAUGGUGAAGUUAUUGAACGAGAUUUGCAAAUCGAUCGUUUAAUUGUUAAUGGAAACCUUCAUGUAAAUGGUUUAUAUGAUGGAGUAAAUCUAACACAUUUAGAUCGUCGUUAUUUAGAUUCUUUUAAAAAUGUUUACCAGAAUUUAUCAUUUUUAAGUCCGGUGAAUGUGACCAAACUGACAAUCAUAUCCGAACGAAUUAAUGAAAUUGAUUCGUUGGAUCAACUCUAUUCAAAUGUUUAUUUCAGUUCAGAACGAUCAUUGAAAAUUUCAAGCGCUAAAAUUAUCAAUAACAUCUUACGAUGCAAUGCAUUGCAUGCUAAUAUUGUUAAUUCUAAAUCAGUAGAAGAUUUUAUUUCUUUAAGCGAAUCGACUCAUUUUUCGAACAAUGUUAAAUUUUUGGACGGCACUUAUUUUGAUCACGUCAUACUCAACAAUAAGAUCGAUAAUGUCCUUGUGGAUGAGUUAAUUAACGAUGCCGUUACAUUAACAGGAUCCCAGGUGUUGAAGGGAUUAAAAAAAUUUUCGGAUGGAAUUCGAAUAUCUGGCCAUUUGAAGAUUGAUGGAAAAAUUAAUGAUCAAUUUUCACCGACAAAUUGGCUUCGUUACUCAGUGAUGCAGAAUAUCAGUUCUCCAAUAAAUUUUAAAGCUCCAGUUUAUUGUGGAAUGUUGAUCAGAGAUGGCGAUCUUGAAGCCGAAACCAUAAAUGGGGAAAAUUUUAAGAAAAAAACUUCGAAUUUAUUGAUGUUGAACCAACCGCUUAGUUUGAAUGCUUUUAUUCAUUGCAUAAAUUGUUCGGCUGCUAAUAUUCAAACAAAUUUUUUAAAUGGAAAAAAUUUUAGUCAUUUUCUAAAUAAUUAUCUUUCUAAAUCAAAAUAUCAAGUGAUUCAUGGACAUAAACAUUUUGAAGCUUUGCAACGAUUUCAUCAUAUUCGAAGCACAACAAAUGUUGCUGGAAUCGAUCUGAAAACGUUGAAAUAUCAAGCCUUGACUAAUGAUGGUUACAAUAUAAUUACAAAACCAGUCAUCAUUCAUGGAAAUUUAACUUUCACACAAGGUCAGCUAUUUUCCCGACAAUGGAAUGGAGUGAAUUUUGAAUUUUUCACCCGUGAAGUUGUACUUAGAAAUAUUAAUGAAAAGAUUCACAUUCAAGGUGAUAUCAAUUAUUAUGGUGAUGUCGAUUUAAUGGCCGAUGUUCGUGUGUUCAAACUAAAUGAUUAUACACCAGAAGAUGUGAUAAUGACAGUCAAUCGAAAUUAUACAAUUUACAGUAAUGUUAGAUUUCAUGAAAAAUUAAUCGCCUCAAAAAAUCUGACGGUAUUGGGCGUAAUAAAUUUAGUCAAUCUUACUGAAUUGAACCAUAAUGUUCUAAAAAAGAAUCAUCAUGGUGAAUUAAUUGUCGAUAAUAGUGGACAUGAUGUGAUUAAUUUCGUUAAUUCAUUCAAAACCGAUGAAAUUAUUGUCGAAGGCCGUGUAGAUAAUACAACGUUGAAUAGGGAUUCGAUUCUGAUGUCAGAUGGUGAACAAAAUGUCAAGAAAUUAAUUAUCGAUAGCCCUCAAUGGUUCAAUAAAAGCAUAAAUAUUCUUUCACAUAUAAAUCAUUAUGAUAAAAACCAACUUAAGAAAAUUAUUUUAAUUGAUGCACCUGAAGAACAACAUAUCGAUUAUCAUAAAACUUUUGCCAAAAUUAACGUGAAAGAAAUACAUCAUGAACGUGGUUUAAUUAAUUUUAACGUAAUCAAUUCAGUGGAUUUAAAUAGUUUCAAUUCUUCGACAGUGUAUUCCGAUGUCGAUCAAAUGAUCCAGAAUCAUAAUAUAAAAUUUUUGAACAAUAUAACUAUUGAUAGUCUUCAAUUCAAGAUUUUAGGAUUGAUUAACAAGGUCGAUAUUGCUGACAUUGUCCGAUUGGACAGUGUAAGACAAAUCAUUACCGGCAAGAAAAUUUUUGAUUCAAUCGUUUUCAAUGAGAAUAUUGAUGUUCAUGGAUUCUUGAACGCUCAGCUGGAUAUUCCAAAAUUGGCCAAACAAAUGCUUUUGGUAUAUGGCAAUCAGCACAUAAAAACUCCAUUAACAUUUGUAGCUCCCGUUUUCAUGAUGAAUAAUAAUACUGUUGAUUCGUUGAAUCAAUUUCAUCCUGCAGAUUUGAUUACUCUUCAUAGUGAUAAAAUGGCCAAUAGUCCAGCACUCAAUUUCAACAAUGUUAUAGCCAAAAAAGUUUAUGUUCAAAAUCAUUUGAUCAAUGAUGUAAAUUUGACCGAUAUUUUCCAACACGGAUUUAUGGCUGAUAAUCUUGAAACAUCGAAAAAUGACCAAAUGAAUGAUCAAAUUUUUGGUUUUUUGUCUAUCGAUAAAGCACACUUUAUUGAAAAUAUUACUGUCGAUAAUCAUCUCAAUGAUUUGGAUUUGAGUGAAACGGUAGAAUCAAUCGAAUCUAAAUUCAAUCCGCAGAUUGAUGCACAAGAAAUAACACAAAAAUUACAUGAUUAUCAAACAUUUAUGGUUGAGCAUCAACAUUAUUAUGAGCAAUCAAACCUAGAAAUUGAUUAUUUCCAUCAUACGAAUCAAAUGGCUUCAAUAUUAUCCAAUUGGACGAUGGAAUCGCUUUAUUUCCAACAACGUUUUAAAGUAUUUAAUGUUUCAGCUACGGCCAAUCUUUUCGACAUUAUAUACAAACGUAAACAUAUAUUAUGGCAAUCAAUUAUGGGACAACAUCGUUUUUUUGUGGCGGAAUUAAGGCCUGCCAAACAAGGAUUCAACCUUUUUCGAUUGAUCAGUUUUGAGACAACGAAUGGACAAUCAUGGGUCGUAUUGGAAAAAAAUCUUCAAUCAGGAUCAAGACCAUUCUUGUUUGCGAUGGAUACUUUCAUCUAUAUUAUUUAUUUUGAUUUUUAUCGUCAAGAUCUUAUUGAUGAUUGUCAUGAAAACCAUGAAACGAAAUUAUUUAGGCUAGAUAUUGAUUAUAACAGAUCAAAUCAAACUCAGAUUUUGAUUCAAAAUUUUCCGCUAGAAAAAAUUUCAAAUGUUGGCCAUUAUGUUCAACAUGAAACCUCUUCAUAUGACAUUCAUUAUCUUGUUUUUAAUUUGGCCCAUACCGAUCCUUCGAUUCGUAUCUACCAAAGAACCAGCAUCGAUUGUCGUUUCCGUUUGUUUCAAACAAUUUCAUUGGCUGAAUCCGUUUAUUCGAUUUCGUUGUUCAACAUUGGUUUUUCAACUACGAUUUCAGAGUCAUUCAUGGUUUUGAUGGGCAAUUCUUAUCUAUAUAUUUGGAAACAGGAAGGCAUACAUGGAUUUAUUAGAGAUUGGACAAUCAAAAUUAAAGGCUUUGAAUAUCAGGCGAGUCGACAAAUUCAUCCUUUUAUUUUUUCUAGGAACCGUUUUUUGUUACGUAUUCAAAUGUCAACAUGUGAUAAUGAAAAGAUUGAAAAUUCAUACCUUGAAGCUCAUUUCAAUCAGGAUUUUACAACCGGUCAUACAAAUCUCAUAUUGUUCCAACAUGAAUCAGUUUGAUUACCAUUAAUUCAUCAAUAUAUCAUUUUUCACUGAAUAAACUUUGGUUCUAUUUAAAAAAAAA